AUGGACUCGCAACGCCCGACACGCCGACCAGAUACACAGCGCGUGCAAGAUUUUCAAGAUCCAGCCAAGUUCAAGCAAUACUUGGGACAAGGCAAAUACUACGAUGACUAUUUCGCCUUUUUUCAGAAUGAAAUUAGCAAGGAUGGGGUACCUAACACUGUUAACAAAUACCUUUUCGAAGGUGAUGAUAGAGCGGAGGAAAUGCUGCGCCGGUUCUUCAGUGGGUUCCUUCACUCGCCAAUCCAUUUCGGAUAUGCUAUCGAGUUUGACCAACCCCUUAUCAUGGCUGAGGCAUUGGCUUUAACAGCCGUCCAUGACUCCUACUUUGGUGAGGUCUUGACUGCCAUUGAGACCACUUCCAGGGCAUCGGGUGGUAACGAGAGCCUUAUUAGCCUGCAACGAGAGAUAUACUCCAAUAAGAAACUCCGACAGACAAUGACGUAUGAACAUGGAGUUUUUCAGAUUCGAGACGGCCUGUUGGCACACGCAAAAGACGAGUUCAUAGAACUACUAGGCCGCUGGAAAGUGACACCCGAGAGCUUGAAGGAGAAGACUGCUGAAUGUCUUAAUUCAACAGUCUACUGGACAUCGCUAGCCCAGCGACCUGAAAAGCAGAUUCGGUUUGAUUUUUUCCUCAUGCAUUCCAUUACCGCUGGAUCUCUCUGGCCGGUGAUCAAUAGUGCCCCAUGGAUUUCUACCGAGUCAAAGUGCAGGCUUUUGGAAUGGAAAGGCCGGGCCGAUUUGAUUCUUUACUGUCAGACCGGAGCGCCGUCCCCGAGACCGGAAGAGCUAGUUACCUACCAGCCACAUCUUCCAUCUGGAUGGGACGAGGUCUUCCGGCGAGCCUGCGAGUAUGAGGACGAUGGUCAUCUAGCGAAACUAAUCAGAGGAGUGGCCACAACCGCUCAACUGAGCAAAGAGUAUUCCCAUAAAGUAAGCUUCAUGCUUAAGAGCGACGAAGAAUUUCUCAAGAUUGCGCAUAUGGUCAUUGACUCUGCCGAACAAUUCAACCGAGAGUCAGCAGAGCAGGAGAGUGAAAUGAUUUGCGCCAAAUACAAACAUGCGAGCUUGAUGUCAACCGAGAUUCAACGAGUGACUGCACGCUGGCCUCGACAUGUGGGGUUUGAACAGGCCUGGUUCCAUGUGCCCUCCAGAAAGUUGAACCAGGCGGCGCAUCUUUAA